AGUCCCGAGGUGUUUGAAUCCCGUAUGGAAAAAAGACAUGAAGUGAAAAAGCAGCCCCUGGGAUAUUCCAAGCAAGGAGAAUUUAUCAAAUGUAUGGAGGAAAAGGGAGAAGGCUCGGGCACAAAGACAUCAAAGGGAGGUUUCACAAAAGAUAAGACACUUGAAUCGAUUCUUAACGUUGAGAUGGUGAAAGAAAAAUCAGCGGAGGAGAUAAAACAGAUUUGGAAUCAGUAUUUUUCUGCAAAAGAUACGGUUUAUGCUGUUAUUCCUGCAGAAAAGUUUGAUUUAAUGUGGAAGAGAGCCCAGAAGUGUCCGUCGUUUUUAUAUGCUUUGCCAAGAAAAGAAGGCUACGAGUUCUUUGUGGGGCAGUGGUCAGGAACAGAAUUGCAUUUCACUUCCCUAAUAAACAUUCAGACUCAAGGUGAAACUGCUCCUAGCCAGUUGGUCCUGUAUCAUUAUCCUGAGCUGCAGGAGGAAAAAGGGAUAGUGCUAAUGACAGCAGAAAUGGACUCAAAGUUUUUGGUGGUCCAGGAAGCACAGUGCUUGGCGAAUCAGGUGCAGCUUUUUUAUGCAACGGAUCGUUCCGAGACCUACGAACUAGUGGAGACCUUCAACCACAGAUCUAGUGAAUUUAAAUACAUGUCAGUUAUAGCAGAGCUUGAGCAAAGUGGACUUGGACGAGCACUGAGACCUGCUCAGGUUUCUGACAAGCCGUAGAAGGUGAAGAGAAUCAGCAGCAGGCAGGGGUUCUUAGGUGGGGUGGUCUUGUCUCUUCUGCUUUAUGAAUUUGGUUUGGCUACAGAAAGGAUCUGGAGUCAUCCUGGGAGCGUGUCUGGCACUGGUGCAAGAUGAGGACUUGGGCCAUUUGAAUGACAACAACUAAUUGCCAAGAUGGAGCUCUGUACUUGAGUGUAACUUCAUCAGAAAGAGCCGUUUUCCCGUCCUGUAACUCACUGCUGCAUGUUGUAUUUUUGAAAUCUGAAAUA